CUCUUGUGAUGGAACACACUUUAUGGACUCUCUUAUUCUCCAAUAUGCUUUUUCAUUCUACCCUCAUCACCAUCUUUUCAAUCAUCAUGAAAGGAGGUUUCGUUCAAAUGCCUUUUCUUACACCUUUUCAAGAAGAAAGUAGAGAAAGAGACAUCUUCACAGAACACAAAAUUGGAACAUUCACUGAACAAAUAUUGAAACAAAUCGAUCAAAUGUGCGAAAAUGAAGGAGCACAAAUUUCUUAUCCAAUUACUCCAAUUGUUGAACAAGAACAAGAAAGCGAGCCAAGAAUUUGUCAUAGCGGGUCUCGGGACCAAAUUACUCAAAACAAUCUUUCUACACAAUCGAACGUGAUCGAAUGCACCCGAUCAAAACGUGCGCCUUUGAGUUUGUUGAGAAUACCAUCACCUUCAACUUCACCACCAUCACCGGCAUCUGAUUGGUCUUCAAAUACACCAAUGACAAUAUCAUCUCUGGAAAAGAGCAAAGACUUUGACCUCGAGCCAGCUUUCCCCUUCUCGACGUACAGAAGCGUCGAUUUGAAUGGUAUGCAUCUCCCCGAAGAUCAACUUUGUAAUGAUUUCAAUAAAAAUCCUCCUUCCAUUGCUGAAUCAAUAGCCUUUGAUGAAGUUGAUGAUGCCCCUCUAUUGGACAAUGUUCGGGACUGUAUCAAGGAUUGGCUCAAGCAAGCACACUUAUUCGACAAUGUUCAUCCAAGAAAAACGCGGGAAGAUAGGAAAGAGAGAAGGAAAAUGGAAAAACGCUUGGCCUGGAUCAAUUUGGAAGAGUACGCAGUGACAAUCCUACACGCAAUCCAAUCACGAGAUCAAUACGGACGAUUUCAACGCAUGGCAGAGACUUUGUGGAUCUCCCAUUCAGCCUUCCCACUCGGAUAUGAAUCCUGCAGAGCGAAAACAAUGCGACAAGAUCCAUUGAUCUAUCCAACAUCUUUCUGGCUUACGAACAAGAACUCGGCACGUUUCUUGAAGUACAGAAGUGCUAGCCAAGAAAAGCAAUCAGACGCUGCACUCGCAGUGCGCAAGAAAGCAAUAGACAGUAUCACUUCUCGCUCACCUCCCACAACUGCGGCGUCUGAUUUACAAGAAGCAACAGACUCGAACGAUGAAAAGACAAAUCGCCUUCUGGAAGAAAGCGCGGCAGAAGUCGAUUCCGCAGAAGCUGAGCUGUCAAUGGAAUCCAAAGCACAAAACGACAAUGAUCGUUUUUCUGUUUCAUGGGCACAAGAUGAAUUAUGGCGACUGGGUCAUCCUCUUUGGAAACAAUCAUAUGAUCAUUGCUGGUUGCAACAACUUGAGAGUAUUGAUGAUGAAGAAAAGGCGGCAAUCAGUAACUUCUUCUUUGUUUCAGCAGACCAAUGGUUUUCCGAUACCACAAUCACAAACCAUGAUGCUUACGACAGCACAUUGCAGAAUGGAGAUUUUGGAGCAUUAUCUAGUGGAGAGAUGGCAGAGUUGGAAGAAGAAAUGCUGAGGCAUCAGGGUGAGACAUUGGAAAGUACUUCUGAGGGUGGUGGAUUGCAUACUGAUACGUGCCAAAUGUACCAAUCCAAGCUUCUACCUUAUCCACAAACCCAGACAGCUACAGGGAAUAUGAGUAGUGUAAAAGGUGAGGUAUAUCGUCAGGGCUCAAACGACCAAAGGGGUCGUCGAUUGUCUAAUGCGAGUUACUCCUCGCUUUCCAUUACCAACGGUGCGCUAGACAUUCCAAGCAAAUGGCUUGGCGGUCAUGCAGGCUCUGUGGAGAGCUAUGAUCGUGAUGGCGAACGCCCUUUCUCGAUCGUGCAAUCAUCUUCACCUUCACUUUUUCCCAUCAAUCAUUCUGAUCCAAAUGUGGUUUAUGAAGAACCUACCCAGUAUGUUCUCGAACCGACCGAGUAUAACGAACAAUCUAGUCUCCAAUCAGCCCAACAGGAAAAUGAAGCUUUACGCAGUCGCGUACUUGAGCUUCAACGACAUCUGUCAAUGGUUGCCAAUGAACAGCAACAAGAUCGUCAUGAUACUAUUCAGGUGAUGGAAGACCAAUACACAGCUUUUGCAUCUUUGGAUGAACUCCAUCGUCGACAUAGUCAAGCUCUUUCUCAUGCCUUACAGUGGCAAGCGUACGGUCAACAACAAUAUGUUUCUUUGUGGACAAAUGCAGCUCAAGCCAUGCAUGGCUAUAUCGGUAUUCAAAAUCGAGUAUUAUCACGAAACUUUGAUCAGAACAUGGCACGGUUGAGAAAGCAGAAACAUGACCCGAAGAAACGUGCGCAAAAUUACAAGAAUGACAAGCAAUUCUCAAAUCAGCGAAGUCCUUCGAUUCCAAACCAUGGCGGAGGCGAGGGAUCUAUCCUACUCCAACUUCCUGAUGGAAAUAGUGAUUUCACUUCUUUAAGUGACUUUCACCCAAGCUCAACAAUGAUCAAUGAUAUGAGAAGAGCAAACAGUCUCAACGAUGAUCGCCUUACUGGAGGUAGCAGAAGUCGCGGCUUGACGGUGGAUGUGGAAGGGAAGAACAAAGGGCGACACCUCUCCCCGACGGAUGUUGUUCGAACAUUUCCUCGAAAUUCAUCGCCAAUCUUGUCACCCUUGCAAGCAAACAAUACCGUUCUUCAAGAUUCUACGAAUGCGAACAACUCAAAAUCAAAACGUACGAACAAUAAAUCACGUAAACAAAAUCACAAUCGUUGGAAAGGCGGUCAACGUAAUAAUCAAGAACAAGCAAUGCGUGAAACUUUCAAUGGAAUGUAUGCAGCUUCAUCGCCACUUGUCAAGCCGAUCUCCAACACUUACACGUUACAGUGCUCUUCCACUGAACGCUGAGGAACGCAAACAUGGUCAUCUUUCCGUUUCUCAACUUAACCCUGGCACUUUCACACUUUUUAUGGACCCUUUAAUUUCUCUCUUUCGCUUUAUCUCUAUCGUUUAGGCUA